CCCCGGGCCGGCGCGAGCGCUCAGGCCUCCGCGGCGCGGUGAUGGCCGCCUUGCACCGAGCGGCGAAGCUGGAGACCCCCAGUCUCCAAACUCCGGAAAAUCCCAGCGUCGGAGCGCAGGUCGCCCAGAAUGAACGCGAAGACCCUUCGGAGGCCCUGGAGACGGCGGCGGCGGCCUUAGAGGAGGAAGAAGGCGACGAAGAGGAGAAGGCGGUGCUGCCGGCGCUGGCGGGGGCUGAUUUUAACACCAACAUUUCUGAGGUGGACGAACAAACACAUAUAAGCAAGGAGGACUUUGUGGACUUUUCUGAUAUAUACCUCUCGAAUGAAGAGUAUUUUAGGAAGCUAGAAGAGCUGAAAGCUGCCCACUUGGAAACUAUGGCAAAGUUAGAGAAGAUGUACCAGAAUAAAUUAAAUUUAAAAGAAGUUCAGCCAGUGAUCAUCAGGGAAGAAGCUUCUAGUGUCUCUUCCAGGUCUGAUUCAGAAAAGAACUCCUAUCACACAAUCUCGUUAAUGACAUCAUUUUCAGAGCCUGAUUUAGGGCAGUCGUCCUCCUUGAUUAUGUCUUCCUCUGAAGAUGAGUUGCCGAACUCAGAAAAAGAGUAUCCUGAAAAAAAGAGGGUGAUGAGCUAUGCUAAAGAACUCAUUAACAACAUGUGGACAAAUUUUUCUGUUGAAGAUUAUAUUCGGUAUAAAGACGCUGAUUUCCCGGCAGUUGAAAAAACAAAGAAGAAACCAAGAGAAUGGGUGCCAAGGAUUACAGUACCUGAGCCUUUUCAAAUGAUGAUUAGGGAACAGAGGAAAAAAGAAGAGAACAUGAAAUCUAAAUCAGAUAUUGAAAUGGCACACCAAGUGCUCAGAGAACAAGAAGAAGAAUCAGAGUGUAAGAAAAAAUUCCGAGCCAAUCCAGUUCCUGCAUUCGUCUUUCUCCCCCUUUAUCAUGACAUAGUCAAGCAAAAUGAAGAACGCAGGAGGCGUUUGAAGGAAAAAACCAAAGAAGCUCUUUUGGCUUCACAAAAACCAUUUAAGUUUAUUGCAAGGGAGGAACAGAAGCAAGCAAUCCGGGAAAAGCAGCUGAGAGACUUAUGCAAGUCUAAAAAGAAAACAAAUCAAUUUAAGGCCAGACCUAUACCUCGAUCUACUUAUGGCUCAACCAUAAGCUCAAAGUUUAGCUCAACCUCCAAGGAAAAAUUAAAAGAAGAAGAGCUCUAUAGAGAGAUUGUGACGCAGCUGAGGGCCCAAGAGCUUUUGCAGUAUUCAUCUCCUCUGCCUUGUAGGUCAGAUCUCAGAAGCUGUGCUCCGAGGAAGCUCAAGUGUCCUGAACAGGUUGAAAAGUUGAAGCGUAAACACGAGUUGAGAUGCCAAACUGCCAAUUUUGAAUACCUUCCUGAGAGAUACCGGAAACACCUCUCAGAACGGAAGUGUUCAGAACUCCUAACCAUUGGCCGUAAACCAUCUGGUCUUCAUGCGGCCUCUAGCUCAUCCACUAAAAGAGAGAAAAUUCUGGCAGACAUUGCAUCAGAUGAAGAACAUUUAAAAGAAACACGGCCUAAUCUCUCUCCAAGGCACAGACUGACAGUAAGAAGUGCAAGUGCAAAGCCUGUGCCUUGUAACUGCAACCCUCCAGUGCCCACAGCGUCUUCCAGAGGAAGAGAGCAAGCCACGAGGAGAUCACUUGAGGAAAAGAAAAUGUUGGAAGAAGAGAGAAAUCGGAUCCUAACUAAACAGAAGCAAAGAAUGAAAGAAUUGCAGAAACUCCUGACAAUCCGGGCUAAGGCUUAUGACUCACAUCAAAGUUUAGCUCAAAUGUCUAAAUCCAGAGUCAAAUCUCUCAGAAAGAGUGAAAAGGAAAGGAUGAGAGAAUACCAACGAGAACUAGAAGAAAGAGAAGAAAAAUUAAAACACAGGCCGCUACUAUUUGAAAGAGUUGCUCAGAAAAAUGCAAGGAUGGCAGCAGAAAAGCAUUAUUCUAACACCCUAAAAGCACUAGGACUGUCUGAUGAGUUUGUUUCAAAGAAAGGCCAAAGUGGAAAAAUAAUUGAGUACUUCAGCAAUCAAGAGAAGAAGAGUUUCACUGAAGAUAAAGAAAGCUUUGAGGAAGAAGAAAAAAGAGAAGGAAGAGAGAGUGGGGAGGAAAAUCAUUUUAUGGAUACGAACAGCCAGGAUUCUUACAAGGAAAAAGAGGAAGCUGAUGAAGAGAGCGGAGAAGAAAAAUCUGUUACAGAGUAACACAGUUACAGAGUAACACAGUACCUGCGGCUCUCCCAUCUAUGCCUGCACUGUCGAUGGCAGCCCUGGGCCUAACCAUCUAUGCUUGUGGUGUGAAGAACAUCCAUGAGAGCCCUCCAAUAGGUACAGGGCUCUUGAGCAAAGUCAUCUGUAACCUGAAAAGGCCAAGUCCAGCUAAACAGUUGUCGGUUCAGUUAGGGUAAGGCUUUGCCUAGUCAGGUUUUUUAAUCACUCCUGAUGGUUCGCAACUUUGAUCUUACUUGUAUUCUUUAAAAAAGCAUUUGAGAAUCAUAGUUGUCACAAACUGAUUGGUUAGAAAAGUAUGUGUUACUUCUGUAUUUGGUGUGGAAACAAAUGGCGUGGCAUUGAGAGCAGAAAUAUUGGCUUUUGGUGAUUCAAAAAAAUUUUUCUGGAAAGUCUGAAUCAAUAAAUCUUCAAAUUAUA